AUGAAAUUUAUCUCAGUGAUUGUUUUCGUCGCUAUUUUGGGUAUAGUGAUAUGCAGCCAGGAUUUCAGCGGUCACACAAUCUUUAAGAGAACCGCGAAUACAAAUUCCGUUCGCUCCCAAUCGAAUUCCAGUACGUACGUGCCGAUCUUUAAUACGCCACAAAAAUCACUCGAAAAAUCUCAAACCUUCCAAACAAGAAUAAACUCUCAACAGAAUGACAUAUCGAACUAUCGUGUGGAGCCGCCGUCACGACUUUAUACUCCGCCGAAGAUCAGUUACUCGGAUUGCGAGCAACUUUCCUCUAAGGUCUAUUCUACCCCAAGUAGCCAACAGUAUUCCUCAAUGUGUAUACCGCAAAGUUUUAGAAGCUCCACAUCCUAUAACCAUCAAUUGAAACAACAAUCGUCGACUUUGUCGCCUCUGAAUAUCCUGAAAUCGUCGUUCACUCACUUAUCGCCACAACCUCCGCUUUUCUCAUCGAAAAGUGUAAGGCCACUUCGUGCCGUCUCCAAAUCUGGCAAAGCUUUGGGUGAAGCAGGCGAAGUCAAUGGAAUCGCUAAUUUAUCUCAAAGACAGUCUAAAAGUAGUACUGAGACAGCAACUGGUAAUAGUAUCGGCAUUUCAGGGAAUUAUGCUGGAGGGGUUAAAUUGAUGAUAGAAACGUAUGAGAAUGCGCUAGGAGCUUCAUCAGCGUCAACACGUUCUUCAAGAAAUUUCUCUAAAAAAGAAAGAGCCUUACGAGAUUCAGAAUUUUCAAGAUCUUCAGAAAGACUUUCACAAUUCUCAGGACCAUCUGAAUCAUCAGGACUCUCAGAAUUCUCGAAACCCUCAAGAUCUUUAAGAGUCUCAGGAUCCGCAGGAAUUCCUGAAACCGAAAUUCGUCAGCAAUCGGAUCCAAAUGCGUACUUGUCGUCCUUCAGCAACCAACAACCACUCGGAAAGCAUCCCUUCCAAGUCAAGAACUCUCAAAAAAGGGACGAAGAAAACUAUACUAUUCGACCAUCAAUCUACACCCCAUUAAAUAUUAAUUUCUCAACAUUUGGACAACCUUUAUCCAUACCAUAUUCAACAAAAUCAAAUAAUCAACAAUCCUCAAUAAAUAUACCUCAAAGUUUUAAUGGUUCUACAUUCUACAAUCCCCAAUCAAAUCAGCUUACACAACGGAUCCUUUUGCCACUAAAUUGCUCGAAAUCGUCAUCAACUUGCAUAACACCACAAACUCUGAUAUUCUCAUUGCCUAGUCCAAAAUCGUCUCAGUCGGCCUCCAAGACUGGCAAACAAUUGACAAACGUUAUUACAAAUCCAACCGAUGAAAUUUCGGACACUGAAAAUGUAAAUCUUAUUAGAUUUAGCGCGGACGCUUUUGUAAAUCCUAACAUCCAGAUUGCAACGGGUAGUCAUGUCUUAGACUUUUCAAGCCAGUCUUCAGAACCUUUACAACCCUCGGGACCCUCGAACACCUCAGGAUUGUCAGGAUUUCCUGGAUCUUCAGGACUUUCACAAUUCUCAGGGUCUUCACCACCAUCAGGAUUCUCAGGAUUUCCUGGAUCUUCAGGACUUUCACAAUUCUCAGGGUUUUCACCACCAUCAGGAUUCUCAAGACCCUCGGGACCUUCAGAAUCAUUAAUACCCUUAGGACCCUCAGUACUCCUACAAUUCUCAGGAUUUCCAGAACUCUCAAAACCUUUAAAUUUCCCUUUCUCAGAAGUACCCGUAGGAUCACCGGAAUCUUUAGGACCUUCAAUCAUACCCUCGAAAAUUAGACCAUUCAUUCCUUCUACUACGCAAAAUAAAGUUGGCAUAAAUGUACCAACUGAACAGGCAGGUCCUCGAAUUCCUGAAACUAGUUCCUUAAUUACUGGCACUGGAGAGACUCAAACUGACGACGAUUUCAAUCAUCCUCCUCAUAUUCAUAGCAUUAAUGUCGAAUGCAGUAAGACAAUGAUGACAAUCAAUGUUGAAUUUAAUCGUGUUUUUGACGGCAUUAUUUAUUCUAAGGGAUAUUAUUCAAAUCCGGAAUGUAUCUACGUAAAACAGAAUUCUGGCUCAACGCGGUACUCUUUCACUGUAAAUCUAGACUCUUGCGGCACUCAAUUCAUCAACGAUUUCACAGGUCCUGCUGGUCAAGCGUAUUUGGAAAACGUUCUCGUAUUACAAAAUGAACCGAGUAUACAAGAAGUCUGGGAUACAGUUCGAAGAGUACGAUGUCUCUGGGAAGGAAACAUCAAUCAAACUCUAAGGAUGAAUCUUUCAGUAGAUAUGUUAAACCAGGAGAUCAUUGCCUUUAAUGGUGAUACUGCGGUAACCAAACUGGGUAUUCAAAUUGGCAGAGGACCUUUUGCACCCAUAGCUAAUGGACUCAUAAAAAUUGGAGAAACAAUGACUUUAGUAAUCUCUGUGGAAGGCGAUUCCGAUUUCGAUCUUCAGGUGCGCGACUGUUCGGCGCGAGACGAAAUGUCGACCAACAUGCUGCAGCUCACCGACGAAAGAGGCUGCACUUUGAAACCGAAGCUGUUUGGUGCCUUUCAAAAGACAAAGGAUACCGCCAAUACAGGCGCUUCUGUUAUCGCUUAUGCAUUCUUCCAAGCCUUCAAAUUCCCCGACGUUUUGGGUGUAUUCAUCGAAUGUAAUGUGGAAUUAUGUAAAACUAACUGUGAACCUUGUCCGGAAGCAAAUCAACAAAUCGAGCCAGGAAGACGUCGUCGAUCGUUAAUGAAUGCACCAUCUUCGAACAACUUGACGAAUUCGGUACCAUUAUCGGAUGCGGUUCGUGUUGGACGACGUUUCAAAGUAAUCAUGCUAGAUGAUUUAAACAUAGCAUCCAAUCAAAUCUUAGAUAGUACUUAAGAAACAGCUGUUGAAACAAUCGUAAAAGCGAAAGAAAUAUGCAUGAAUAAUAAUUGAUUUUAUACAAUCUUGUCUCUUACAUUGGGAUGCUUUUUAUCGCAAUCCUAAGCACAGUUGUGCCAUAUAUAAA